GAACCAACGGUAAAAGGAGAAAAACCCAGAAGCUGGUAAACCUCGAGCGAUUCCCCCUUGUUGAUAUUUCGUCCCUCCGUUCCCACAAGGACACAGGUGCCACAACCGGCUGCACUGGCACUGCAUUUAAGGCCACCUCCACACCUACAUCCACUCCCUCCCGCAAAGAUCCAGAGCGACAGGACAGUGAGAGGCGCCGCGAGAGUGUGAGAGAUCUCAGCCGGCCUCCUCCGGCAAUGCCUCCAUGGGCAGCAUCGCUCGUGUUGCUGCUGCUGAUCCUCCUCCUCCAUGGGAGAGGAGGCCAUGGCAUCAACCUGGACAUGGGGGCGGAGGUGCAGAUGGACUCGGAGGCUCACCGGAUGCUGCUGUCGGCGGCGAGCAGGGGGUACAUCAGCUACGACGCGCUGAGGGGAGACGCGGUGCCGUGCUCAAGGCCCGGGGUGCCCUACUACAACUGCAGGAUCAGCAAGACCGCCAACCCGUACACCAGGGGCUGCGAGAGCAUCACCAUGUGCAGGGAUGCGGAAGGUAAUUGAUUAGCAAGCUGCUGGAUCGAGUGGCUUCUUUGGAGUGUACUUCUAGUCUUUUUUUUUUGGUAUUUUGCUGGAUCAGUAAGUGUGGUAAAGCUUUAUGGAUGAAUUUUACAUGCUUAAGGAUCCCCACCUCGCUUUUUUUAACAUCGUGUGGAGGUGAACAUAUGUGUCAAUGCAUUAUGUAUGUAACGAGAUUGGGUUCCAACUUUCAAGUUA